CCAGCGGCACCGGGUCCGCCGGCUCCCGGCGGAAGGGAGCGGCGCGGCGGCGGCGGCCCGGUGCGGAGCAGGGCCCGCCUCCGGCACCACAUGAUGCCGCUUCUCCUUCCUGCCGCCCCCGUCCCGAGGAGAAAAGGGAACUGGGCGCAGGGCGGGAGGAAGUGAUUCCGCUCCCCGCCCCGCCGCCGGCCGCGGGAAACGCGCGGCCCCUCCGCUUCCCCCCCCCCCCUUCGCCGCCGCCGGGCAGCGCGGGGCCGGCCGCCUCCCAGGCAGAGCCGCGCGGCUGUGGGCGCCCCGCGGAGGCAGCGCGGCGCCGGGCGAUGGCGCGGCUGUGGCCGUGGCUGCUGGUGCUGCUGGGCGGCGAGCUGGCGCCGGGCAGCGCCUUCAACCUGGACGUGGAGCACCCGGCCGUCUACUCGGGCCCGGAGGGCAGCUACUUCGGCUUCGCCGUGGACUUCUUCGCUCCCGACCCAUCCUCGAUAUUUCUUCUGGUGGGAGCUCCAAAGGCAAACACUACCCAGCACAACAUCGUAGAAGGAGGCCAGGUGCUCAAAUGUAACUGGAAUUCAAACAGAAACUGCCAGCCGAUUAUAUUUGACUCCACAGGCAACAGAGAUUUUGCUCCUGAUGAUCCACUAGAAUUUAAGUCUCAUCAGUGGUUUGGAGCCUCUGUGAGAUCCAAAAAUGAUAAAAUUCUGGCCUGUGCCCCGUUGUACCACUGGAGGACUGAAACAAAACAAGAGAGGGAGCCUGUAGGAACUUGUUACCUCCUUGCUGGAUCUAGAUCUGUGGAAUAUGCACCCUGCAGGUCAACCACUAUUGAUGCAGAUGGACAGGGAUUUUGUCAAGGUGGAUUUAGUAUUGACUUUACAAAGGGAGACAGAGUGCUGCUUGGAGGACCUGGAAGUUUUUACUGGCAAGGCCAACUUAUUUCUGAUCGAGUGACAGAGAUUGUGGCUAAAUAUGACUCCAAAGUCUACAGUACAAAGUAUGAUGACCAGCUAGCAACCAGACCUGCUAGUGCUGCUUUUGAUGACAGCUACUUGGGUUAUUCGGUGGCUGUUGGAGACUUCAAUGGUGAUGGCAUAGAAGACUUUGUAUCAGGAGUCCCAAGAGCAGCAAGAACUCUGGGCAUGGUGUCAAUUUACAAUGGGAAAAACAUGUCUUCCAUGUACAACUUCACAGGAGAGCAGAUGGCUGCCUAUUUUGGGUAUUCGGUGGCUGCCACAGAUAUCAAUGGGGACAAUUACACAGAUUUGUUUAUUGGAGCCCCUCUUUUUAUGGAUCGAGGUUCUGAUGGGAAACUUCAAGAGGUCGGCCAAGUUUCCAUUUGCCUUCAACGAGCCUCUGGAGGGUUUCAGAUCACAAAGCUGAAUGGUUUUGAGAUAUUUGCAAGAUUCAGCAGUUCUAUUGCCCCUCUGGGGGAUCUAGAUCAGGAUGGCUUCAAUGAUAUUGCAAUUGCUGCACCAUAUGGUGGAGAGGACAAGAGAGGACUUGUCUAUAUCUAUAAUGGAAGAGCAAAUGGUUUGAAUGCAGUCCCAUCUCAAAUUCUUGAAGGGCGGUGGGCCGCUCGCGCUAUGCCACCCAGUUUUGGUUACUCGCUGAAAGGAGCCACAGAUGUGGACAAAAAUGGAUAUCCAGACUUGAUUGUUGGAGCCUUUGGUGUUGACACAGCUGUUUUGUAUAGGGCUAGACCAGUUAUUAGAGUAAAUGCUGCCCUGGAAGUUAACCCAACCAUUCUAAACCCAGAAAACAAAGCCUGUUCACUGUCAGAUGUAAAAGUUUCUUGCUUCAAAGUAAAGUUCUGCUUAAAAGCUGAUGGCAAAGGAAAGCUCCCUAAUUCACUCAAUUUCCAAGUGGAGCUGCUGUUGGAUAAACUUAAGCAGAAAGGAGCUAUAAGGAGAGCUCUCUUUCUCCACAGCAAACAGCCUAGCCACUCUAAGAACAUGACUAUUACAAAGGGGGGCAAAAUGAAUUGUGAAGAACUUGAUGCCUUUUUGAGGGAUGAAUCUGAAUUUAGAGACAAACUAACUCCUAUUACUAUUUUUAUGGAAUAUCGUCUGGAUUACAGAACAGCUGCAGAUGCAACAGGGUUGCACCCUAUCCUCAACCAGUUCACUCCUGCUAAUAUGAGCAGACAGGCACAUAUUCUGCUGGAUUGUGGUGAUGAUAAUGUCUGCAAACCAAAACUGGAGGUUUCAGUAGAAAGUGAUCAGAAGCAGAUCUAUAUUGGUGAUGACAAUCCCUUGACACUAAUUGUCAGUGCUCAGAAUCAAGGGGAAGGAGCCUAUGAAGCAGAACUCUUUGUCAUCGUUCCACCCCAAGCAGAUUUCAUCGGUGUUGUUCGUAACAAUGAGGCUUUAGCAAGACUGUCAUGUGCAUUUAAAACAGAGAAUCAAACUCGCAUGGUAGUUUGUGACCUGGGAAAUCCCAUGAAAGCGGGAACUAAGCUAUUAGCUGGCCUGCGUUUCAGUGUGCACCAGCAGUCUGAAAUGGAUACCUCUGUGAAGUUUGACCUGCAAAUCCGAAGUUCCAACCUGUACGACAAUCUAAGUCCAGUAGCAUUCUAUCAGGCUGACCUUGCUAUUUUAGCAGCUGUUGAAAUCAGAGGUGUGUCGUCUCCUGAUCACAUAUUCCUUCCUAUUGCAAAUUGGCAGCCGAAGGAGAAUCCAGAAACAGAAGAUGAUAUUGGGCCUCUAGUACAGCAUAUCUAUGAGCUGAGAAACAAUGGUCCAAGUGCAUUCAGCAAGGUGAUGAUGACUCUGCAGUGGCCUUACAAAUAUAAAAACUACACACUGUUGUAUAUUGUUCAGUAUGAAAUUGAUGGUCCCAUGAACUGCACUUCUGAUAUGGAAAUCAAUCCAUUGAAAAUUAAGAUUUCUGCUUCUAAAGAUGAUGAUAAGAAUGAAACACUUAGCAGGGAAGAUAAUCGGGAUCAUCGUAUCAGUCGAAGGGAUAUAACAGCCAUUGAAGGAGAUGUGCAUACUUUGGGCUGUGGAACUGCUGACUGUUUAAAGAUAGUCUGUCAAGUUGGCCAUCUGGAAAGGGGAAAGAGUGCAAUAUUGUAUUUAAAAUCACGCCUUUGGACCCAAACUUUCAUGAAUAAAGAAAAUCAGAAUCACUCCUAUUCUCUCAAAUCAUCUGCUUCUUUCAAUGUUAUAGAGUUCCCUUAUAAGAACCUUUCCUUUGAAGAUAUCCACAAUUCUACAGUAGUUACUACAAAUAUUACAUGGGGCAUUCAACCACAGCCUAUGCCUGUGCCGGUGUGGGUUAUAAUUUUGGCUGUUCUAGCAGGAUUAUUGCUCUUGGCUGUUCUAGUGUUUGUUAUGUACAGGAUGGGCUUUUUCAAACGUGUGAGACCACCUCAGGAAGAACAAGAAAGAGAACAACUGCAACCGCAUGAGAAUGGGGAAGGAACAUCAGAAGCUUAAGCAGAGUUUUAUCUGUAAGACAUUCUGAAAUUUUAAAAUGCCUUCAUCUUGGUUACGAAUAUUGGCUUCCCCCUUAAGCAAAAAACACUCAUGACUGCAAAGCUGCUGGUCUCAGAAGGUAUCAGCAUGUACAAAAUAAGAGCAAUAUAUUUAAAUCCUCCUUUUUGUAUUAAUUAUGUUCAUACAUGUGACUAACGCAUCUGCACUGAUUUGUGUGUGAAAAAAAUUAAGUAAUAUGUAGUGCUGUGAUUUUGCUUAUUGGGAUACAGGAGACGUCUUUUUUUGAUUCAUGAACCGACUUUAUAUGAAUUGCUACACAGAUUCUCUGUUUGCUCUUGAGGCCAACAGCCUGCAUAGAUAUUUGCUGGAUUACACAUUUGGUUUCAAUUGAUUUUUGUUGGAGUACACUACAUUUCAUUUCCUAGCUCUUGAAAGCUAGUUGUACAAAAAAAUGAACAUGGCUUGUUUUACAAAACUGAAGAAUAUUCUUUGACCCAUUAACUCUGCUGAUGAUUUUCCUUCUGCUCAAAAAAUAUGGAAGAGAUUAUUUGGUGGAAUCAUUCACAUCUGAUAGCUACUCUGCAUGCCUAUUCCUCUUCCUGCUCAGUCAUCUGUCCAGUGGUUUCCCUCUAGACUUCACAAGUAUUUGUUCUCCAGGCCCUAGAUCUCUUACUGUAGGGACUGAGCCUACAGAAAUGGAAAU